AUCGAUUAAAAUUACAAUUUAUGGACUUCACUAUUAAAGAUUCAUUCUUUGAUGACUAAGAACAACAAUCCUUCUGGACAUUAACCAAAUUCCCAGCUAGAGAAAUCUAAUAUGAAUUAAGAGACAAUAUGCUUAUAGAGAAGGAAAAAGAACUUGUGAAACGUAAAGUUGGAAUAAUGACUCAUUAUUUGUUACUUUUCAAAGAAUAAGUAGAAUUUAAAGUAUAUUUUUAAGGAAAUUCAUAAGUGGAUAAAUUUGAUCAAUGUUACUAUGGAGUUUGUUAAACAUCCAGUAGCUGGUCAAGGAAUUAGAUUUCUUAAAAAUAAACAAUCCUUUGAAAUGUAUGGAGAUGUUGAAAUAUGGUUCAAUUAUCUUAAAUAAUAUUGUAUUUAGAGAAACUUUGCUUAAAGAUACACAUUACUUAAAAAAAUAGGAUAAGGCAAUUUUGCUGAAGUAUUUCAUUAUUUGAUUGUCAGGUAUUUAAGGCUAUAUGUAAAACUGAUGGACAAGAGUAUGCAAUUAAAUGUUUUAGAAAAUCUGAUCUUAAAGAGGAGGUUGAUAAAUUAUCGAUUAUUAAAGAAACUUCGAUAAUGAGAAAACUUUAAAAUGAUUCAGUAAUAAAAAUGUAUGAAGUAUUUGAAGGAGAAGAAUACUUAUACUUAGUUCUUGAGUAUUUAAGAGGAGGAGAGCUUCAUAAAUUCAUGAAGAAGUCUCCCCCUUUUUCUGAAGAAAAAUGUUCAAAGUUAAUUUACAAAUUAUUAAAAACUUGCUAAUUUAUUCAUGAAUAAGGAAUAUUACAUCGAGAUAUAAAGCCUGAAAAUAUUAUGUUAAGAAAAAGAGAUGACUUGGAUGAUAUCUGUAUUUGUGAUUUUGGUUUAGCAGAUCAUUAUACUUCAAGUGGUAAGUAUUUAUUCACUAGAUGUGGAACACCAGGAUAUGUUGCACCUGAAUUAUUAUAAGAUAAAAUCUAUGAUUAUAAAGUAGAUAUAUACAGCAUUGGCAUUUUGAUGUUUAUUUUAAUUGCUGGUAAAUCUCCUUUUGAAGGUAAAGAUUAUGAUGAUGUGGUUAUGAGAAACUAUUAUGCAAAAGUCAAAUUCGAAGAAUGUAAAUUGAGUGAGCAUGGAAUGAAUCUAUUGUAAGGACUAAUGAACAAAAAUCCUGUUAAAAGAUUAAGUGCUUAAGAAGCUCUAAAUCAUUAAUGGUUUAUAUAAGAAAAAUUAGCAAAAACAUGUCAAUUUAAAAUUCGUAGACAUAGCAAUGUUAAAAAAUUACCACAUCUUGAUGGAUCCCCUAUUCCAACUACAAACUUUUUAAGUCCAAAAAACUCAUUUAAUAAUCUCAGUCCUUAAAGUUUGACUAGAACCGAUGAUAAUACACCAAAAUCUCCAAUUACUCCAGUAACACCUCUAUAACAUAAAGGAAAACCAAUUCGUAAAUCGAUUUUCAAUCUGUAAUAACUAUGAGUACAAUUAUUAAUCAUAU